UCCGCAGUCUCUGGUAAUCUCCUUUACUGUCUGCAGUCUCUGGUCAUCCCCUGCACUCUCUGCAGUUCUGGUCAUCCCGUGUACUGUGUCUGCAGUCUCUGGUCAUUCCCUGUACUGUGUCCGCAGUCUCUGGUCAUUCCCUGUACUGUGUCUGCAGGCUCUGGUCAUCUCCUGUACUGUGUCCGCAGUCUCUGGUCAUCUCCUGUACUAUGUCCGCAGUCUCUGGUCAUCCCCUGUACUGUGUCCGCAGUCUCUGGUCAUCUCCUGUACUCUGUCCGCAGUCUCUCGUCAUCCCCUGUACUGUGUCCGCAGUCUCUGGUCAUC